CGUUUGCCAUGAAGUAUCUGGGAAUCGUUGCCAUUGCCAUCCUGCUGAGCCUUUCUUGGGCCCAAGCGAAGCCGGCGAAGUGCCGGGAAACGCCUUCGAUGGUGGGCAUGGCCCAGGAUGGAGCUGCCUGCAUGGCUUUUAUGCCAGCCUGGACCUAUGACGCCUCCAAAAAUGCCUGUUCGGAGUUCGUUUUCGGUGGCUGCGGUGGAAACUCCAAUCAGUUCUCCUCCCGAGAUGAAUGCGAAAAGGCCUGCAAGGACUAGGCAAACGCAAUAAAAGUUCCCAUCUCGGGCAAAACCCACAGCUUAAAAACAAAACAAUUUUGUAGCCUAAAAACCUAAACAAAUAGCCGGCAAUCUUGUUUUUUAAAAAU